AGACGUUUCAACCUCUUGUAUAAAUGUUUAGGAUGAAAAAUUAGCAACAUCAUGAAUAUUUAUGAUGGGAAAGGAAUCAAAACGUCUUUCUCAGGUUUUAACUAAGGACUUCUUGAAACCUUUCAGCUUAGAGCCGCUUGAGUUCGCCACCGGAAUGGCUACCAACCGUGGUCGAGCUAUAUUGAAAGUAAUAUCCCCGUGGCGAUGGAAAUGAUCACCUAUCGGUUUUGGGCAAUACAUGGCAUGGAU